UAUUUUAUAUUCCAAACCGAUCCGCCAUGUUGUACUUUCUUAAAAACAUUGUAGCACGUGGAAAAGUUUGCUUGUAAUAAAUUAACAUUGAAGUUUUUUAAUUAUUUGUUUGGAGAUUGGGAGUUGUUAUCCUUAUAGUUCGAAAGAGUAAAUUGGCGUACAUUUCUGGUAAAAUAUUCAAUCGUGGAUCUGUCAAGAUAUGGCACCGUCUCAUUCUCGUCACUUGUUAGUGUGGACUACAUUACCAAUUGCCAUUUUGCUCAGUUAUUUAUGGUUCAAAAGGAAAAGAACAGAAACCACAAGUGACCCUCAAAAGUCUACCGAACUCGUCAAUCAAGAAGAACAGAAUCAAGUUGCCGUUGAAAACGUAGAAAAGGUAGAGUGCACUUCUGUCAAAACCCUUAAACGAUCCAUUUCGGGUGUAGAGUCCUCUCCCAUCGAUAUAGUAUUCCCUCCCGAACUGAAGUCUACUAAAUCUAGUCAACUUAUGAUAUCGGAUGAAGAUUUAGAUUUGGAAAUUGAAAAAAUUAAAUCCAUGAAGACUACAAGCAAUCCUUCUGUCGAACGGUUGAAUAGUAAAAAAGACAACCAACCCAAUUCCGUCGUAGAGAGUGAGAGUACAGAAAGGUCGACGAAUUUGAUGGCCACCGCUUCUCCAAAGAAACAAUCGACAAACCUCAAAAAGGAUGCGAAUAAAACCAUGGAAACCAUUGAAAAUAAAAACGUAAAAUCUCCGCUCAAUAAAAAUAAAAAGGGAAAGAUGCCGCAAAAGGAUGUAGGCGCUACUCUUAGGAAGAAGUUUAAUACUCUUAAAGUGGAAGCUAAUGUCACCCAAAAAUUCACUACUAGUGGAGCAGACGCAGACCAAGAAACUGAUAAACAAAGUAGUGAACGUGAUUCUGCCAAUCAUAGCCCUGCGGAUGUUAUGUUGGCCAGUCCGUCAUUGAGCUGCAUUUCGGACAGUCACAGUGAGGGAUCUAGUGAUAGCGGUAAAGGAUGUAGUGAAGUUGCAACGCCACCAUCGCGGACGCCGGCCGGAGAUGGCUCGGUAUCGAGCGAUACAGUAUUUCCUACAAUUUAUCAGUUCGUAAUUCCUCAAAAUCUUGUUGGGAAACUAAUAGGGCGCCAUGGCACGUUCGUAAAUCAAAUUAUGAGCAAAGCUCAUGCCCAUAUAGUGAUAAAAAAACAUCCGGACAACGACCAGUUAAAAAUUUGUGUUAUGGAAGGAAUGCAAGUUGAAAUAGAAAAUGCCCUAAAAAUGAUCAGAAACAAAUUCCCAUUGAAACGUUUUCCAGAAUUAAGUUUAGAAAAAAUUGUAUUUGAACCUCCGGUUCCUACUUUAUCUUUAGCACCUGAACAGUUAUGUCUAAAACUGUUAGAAGGUAUUAAUAAUGACACGAUUGUUAGUUGUAUGGUUAGUCCGAAUCACCUAUUUUUACAACAACCAACUCAUCCGAGUUUUCCUAAUCUAAAUAUCUUAAGCAAUUGCAUGAACGCUUGUUAUGCCGAUGCAAAUUCGCCGAUGUUGCCAAAUCCUCUGCCAGAAUAUCCGGUGUGUGCUGCUUACUCUUUGGGCGCGUGGUACAGAGCGUUAGUGAUAUCGAAGAAUGAUGAUGCAGAUGCGUCGUAUAUUAAAUUUUUAGAUUACGGAGGUUACGCAACGAUUAAAAACUCCGAUCUCAGACAAAUUCGAGCGGACUUUUUAAUGCUACCAUUUCAAGCGGCCGAAUGCUUCUUAGCAAAUGUAAAACCGACAGGGGGAGAUGAUGCAGAAUGGGCGGAAGAAGCUUUUAGUUUAGUUGCUAGCCUUACCAAGGGUUCGAUAAUAUUGUCCCAAAUUGCCGAAUAUACUGAAGAUGGGACUCCUUUGGUGUUGAUAUAUGUCUCUGUGCCACCACAGCAAAUUAUUUUCUUAAAUGGCGAACUGGUAAAUAGAGGAUAUGCGGAAUGGGUGUCUCCAGAACCGUAUAUAAUGCAACAGUCUUAACACCCGCUACUGGAUAAAUAAAAAAACUGACUGAAUCUACAGCUCCCAAAUGAAGACUAUAUAAAUUUCAUUGUUGUAUAGACUUAUUUUACUGCCUUGAUAAUGAGAGUGUGUUAAUUGCAUGGUUUGUGUACAUAAAAUCAUUACAAUUUUUAUCUUGCUACGAGUUAUUAGUGGAGUAUCCAAUUUUUUUUUUGUUAAAAUGUAAGAGAAUAAUUUAUUUUAGUUGACUGGUUUCUUCAAUUGACCCAUUACUUUUGAAGCGGUAAAUUUAAGUCUACAUUUAAGAAGGGGACAUCUUGAUUUUA